AUGCGCCGCGCACAGCUAUUCCCCGUGACCCUGUGCUGGCGCGCGCUCGCGGUGGCGCUGGUGCUGGCGGGGACCGCGGGGGUGGCAAUUGGGAGGGCGGCGGGGCGCGAGGGAGCAGCGGAUACGUGGCAAUGGGGGGCAAAUGGGGGAGACGUGCGGGCGGGUUUGAAACAGCAGGAUUUUGCUGCUGCUGCUGCUGCUGCUGCUGACCGUGCUUCUGCUGACCGCGCUUCUGCUGACCGUGCUUCUGCUGACCAUGCUUCUGCUGACCGUGCUUCUGCUGACCGUGCUUCGGUUGGCGAUGCUGCUGCUGGAAACGCUGCUGAGAACACACGCGAGGAAACAGCAGCGGCCAGCAGCACUGGCGGUUCUGAUCGUGCCGUCCAUCGGGUGCUAGCGGCAGGUAGUGCGGUCGAGGCAGCAUCACCGUCACUACCACUGCCGUCACCCACACUACCGUCACCCUUGCUGGAACAACCGGUGCAGCAAGCCAGCAGCCUCCCACCAGAGUGCAGGGACGGCAGUGCUGCAGCAGCAGUGACAGUGGAGACAGUCCGCUAUGACUUUCUCUUUCCAGUCUCCACGUUAUUCAUUGAACUCUACCCGUACGAGGUCAUACUGAGCAACACGUGUGGGCAGCGAGCCAUUGCUGCACUGAGCAUCAGCAUGCAGGGUGUGGAUCAACGCUCCUACCUGCUCAUGCCACGCCUCCUGCCCACACAACGCGACUCUCUCCAAGCCAUAACUAUCUACAAGGUACUCCCUCCAUUGGGUGCGCCUGAUGGUGCCAUGAUCAUCCCACCAGGGGGUUCCUUCAAGUUCACUAGCACGGUUGUGCCGAGCCUCGCCCUCUCUAUCUCUGUUUACAGUGCCACAUUUUCCCCCUUGCAAUUGUAG